AUAAUUAUCUUUUAGUAUCACUAAUCCAGUUGUGGCCACAACUUGCCUGAAUUCACUAAGGAUAUGAAACAAGAAUUUCGCAGAAGACAGUCCUCAAAUUUAAGCUACUGUCACAUAGCGAAAUCCACAAAUGAGUUUGAUAAACAAACAAACAUCAAAGCCACAAACUGACAUAUUUAAUGGGCCAACUAAGAUACUAUUGGGCUAUGGAUCUCGGAUUGACUAUUAUGGGCCACAAGUAGAACGUUGCCGUUUGAGCUUUUUAACAUAAACCCCUGAAGAAGAGACUCUCUUCUGCUCCAUGCAUCUUCUCUCUUACAAGCACUAGUAGUCUUCGUCUCUUUUGCUCUCGAGUUUGUGCGAAACCCAAAUCUCCUUGCUGAAAUUCUCGAUUCUUGCAGGACACUCAUAUCAACCACAUGUCUGAAAACAUGAAGCAAUCUCCCGAGAUGCUGCUGUCUCCUCUGAUUCCGUCGCUUCCAGACGACGUCACCAUCGAUAUCGUAGCUCGUGUGCCCAGAAGCCACUACCCGACACUCUCCCUCGUCUCCAAGAGUUUCAGGAAUCUCAUCGCCUCGUCUAAGCUCUACAAGAGACGAUCUCAGCUAGGCAUCACCCAACGCCGUCUCUACGCCGUCCUCCGCAACCGCAACACCGGUGAGUUCAGUUUCUACGUCCUCCACCGUAAACUCAACGGCUACAACCGCUUGGUCGUCGUCCGGUCACUUCCUUUCAUGUCUUCCCGUGGAAGCUGUGUCUCGGUUGGUUCGAAGGUGUACGUGUUCAACGACCUCUCAGUGCUCAGCUUUGACUGCACCUCUCACACGGUUCAGCGCGGACCCAACUUUCCUCAGCGGAUGUCUUAUAAAGAGGUUAACGUCAUCGGGAAGAAGGUUUAUGUGAUUGGUGAUGCGUUUUGUCAUUACGUCCAGGGGACCGGGUGGAUGAAAGUGUGGCAGAAGGCAGUGACGGUCUUUGAUACAGAAACGGAGUCGUUGGAGCCUAAGUUGGUACAUGAAGACAUGGCUGUAGGUGUAGGUCCCUUUUGGUCUGAUUCUGUUGUGUUGGAGGAUAAGAUUUACCUGAAAGGUUACAUGAAUGGUAAUUCUUUUGUUUAUGGACCAGAGGAAAGGGAAUGGGAAUUGAUGGACGAGGUGAUGAACUCUAAGGACUGGGAGGGUGCCUGUGUGGUUGAUGGCGUCUUGUACUAUCAUGAUCGUUCCGGGAAGGUUCUGAGGGCGUAUGAUCCGAAGCAAGGCUGUUGGAGUGUUGUUAAUGGUUUGGAGGAGUUUUUGGCUGUGGAGACUGGUCGUUCAAGGUUGUCCAUAACGGUGAACUACGGUGCGGAGAAGCUGGCUCUCUUCUUUCCUAAGAAACAGUACGGCGAGAAGAUGAUUUGCUGUGCGGAGAUUGGUUUGGAAAGGCGUCAAGGAGGAGAGAUUUGGGGUAAGGUGCAGUGGUGUCACAUUGUCAUUGGCGAUGGGCCUUUCGACAUGGUGGAAUGUGUCUCUGUCACGGUUUGAUGCCAGCAUAAUCAUCACUUCUCUGCUUAGAUCCCUUCGUAUUUAGAUUAUCCUAAUUCCCAACGUGUUGUUGGAAGUGUGCUUACAUCGUUAACGUAGACAAAACCGUAAGUGUGUGUUGUUGUGUUUAUGUUGUUUGUUUAAAACUUGUGGUAUGUUUUAUUAUUAGAUCGCUUUCUUGAGACUUAAGUAGGCUAUGUUUACUUUAAGACUUGUUUGAGGUUUGCUUCCUCACAACCUCAUCUGUAGUUUAAUGUCUUAGGCUGAGAAUAGAAACCAUCUAUCUCCAGUAGUUAAGCUG